AUGGAUCCUAACCGGCUGCCACCGCAGCAACAAUCACAGAGACCGCCCAGACCAGAUCUCAAGAGAGGGGUUCUCGGGAGUCUGACGGCCGCAUCAGCUGCAGCCUACAACUUUCUCGCCCACGACUUUGAAUAUGUGCCGGACCGCUAUCUAGACGAAAAGGCCCAUCCCACCCGCUUAUCUCGGGCCGGCUCCAGCAUCCGGCUGGGACACGCGCGCGGCCGCAACGACUACCCCCUCAGGCCACCGCCUGUCCGCAAGAGGACGUGGCAGACACAAGAGAACGGCGCGCUCGCCAGCAAGUUCUCGGAGGAGUCCCUGCCCAACCCGUACGAUGAGGCCCGCGGAGGCCGCGACAGAAACCCGUUCGACGACGCCAACGCGGUUGAGGAUCAGCAUGAGCAGGACAGGGAAGAGGACGACGAACCCUUCUCCAUCUUCUCCAGGAAGCAGAAGUGGUCCAUCAUCGUCAUCAUCGGGCUGGCCGGUCUCUUUUCCGGCCUGUCUUCCAACAUUUACAAUCCGUCACUGGAUGCUAUUUCGAGGGAGCUGGGAGUCACCGCAUCGCAGGUCUCUCUCACCAUAACAUCCUACUUGAUCAUGCAGGCUGUGACGCCGCUGUUCUGGGGUCCCAUGUCAGACACACUGGGCCGGCGGCCGACGUACAUUGCGUCGUUUGCAGUCUACAUUGUCGGGAACGUAGCCUUGAGCUUCUCUCCCAACUACGCCGUGCUGCUCAUUUUCCGGGGAGUUCAAGCUGCAGGGAGCGCCUCAACAGUCAGCAUCGGCAACGGUGUCAUGCAGGACAUAGCCCCAAACUCGGAGAGGGGGGCUUUCAUUGCUUUUUAUCAAGCUAUUCGCAACUUCAGCACGGCAAUCGGCCCAGUCCUAGGCGGUGCCCUGGCCAACUCUCUUGGCUUCCGAUCAGUCUUCAUCUUCCUGUUGAUAGCCUCGUCUCUCAUUCUCAUCGCCAUUCUCGUCUAUCUGCCAGAGACCAUGCGAACGAUCGCCGGAAACGGCUCGCUGCGCUUGACGGGCAUCUACAAGCCUCUCUAUCGAUACGUUUCGAAGGAACCCAAGUACAUGCAGGACCCGGAAGGUCCGCUCAACCGGCAGAAAAUCACCUUCUUCACCUUCUUGAGGCCGUUUAGGCUGUUCAAGGAAAAGGAUCUCGUCAUCAAUCUCGUCUGGGGUGGAGUCAUUUACGCCAUCUGGAACAUGAUCACGACUAGCACAACACCGUUGUUUAAAGCAAGCUUUGGCCUCAGCGAGCUCCUCCUCGGCGUGGCAUUUAUACCCAAUGGACUCGGGACGAUUGUCGGCUCAGUCAUUGCCGGGAAGAUCUUGACCCGAGACUACAAGACCGUCGAGACCAAGUUCAAGGAAACACACAACAUACCCUACGACGAGGAGUUGUCGUCAAAGGAAAUCCCACCCGACUUCCCGCUGGAGCAGGCCCGCCUGCAACGUCUGCCAUGGUUCGUCGCCCUAUUCGUCGCCUCGACCGCCGGCUACGGCUUCUCGCUGGCGUAUCCCACCAUGACGGCUCGGCCCGGGUGGAUCGCAUUGCCUCUGACCAUGCAAUUCCUCAUCGCAGCUGCGGCCAACGGCAUCUUCGCCCUCAACCAAACCAUUAUAUCGGAUCUGUGUCCCGGCCAGGGCGCGAGCGCGACAGCAGUCAACAACUUGGUUCGCUGCGGCCUGGCGGCUCUCGGUGUGGCCUUUGCAGAGCAGAUGCUCAACGCCGUCGGUCCUGGUACGGCCUUCCUGGCCCUGGGGAUGGCCGUCAUAGCCGUCUCGCCGAUCCAGGUGGUCAACCAGUUCUGGGGGCCCAAGUGGCGUGCACAGAGGGAGUGCAGGAGGUCCAAGGUGAGCGUGACGGACCAAGAUCGGCAGAAAGCUUAG